AGCUACGCGUUUAAAUCGUAAACAUCGUUUAACUUGUAACAGCUGUUACUCGUUUUUUGGAGUAAAUUGAGCGUUUAUUUUUGAAGAAAACUGAAGUUUGAAAAUGGUGGGGACUGCAGUAUUUGGCGCUGCUUUAGGUACAGGAACAGCUCUACUAAUUGCUAUGACCAUAGUCGUUUAUAAAUAUUAUAGUUUGAAGAAGAAAUCUGAAGAGUGGCAUUCAUUAGACCAGAUGCCUCUACCACCAACACUUGAACGGUUCAAUAAACCGUAUUAUCCUCUUAUCAAAGCCGAAUUCAAUCUAGAAAAAGAACAUUUAAAUGUUCAGCCCUUACAGCAUUCAUCAGCACAAGAUCUAACAGCCGAAAUCUUAAAAACGCCAUUGGAAGUGUGUUCAGCACAUGUGCCUCCACCACCAUUACAACACCAGUCGAAAUCUUAUCCCACUGGACAACCCAUACUAUGCAGAACACCAAGUGUAUCUAGUCAGAGUAGCUUAGAUAGUACUGCGUCCAAACAGGGAGGACAUCGUGGCUCUUCUCCCCAAAUUAGAACCUUUGCGCCCGAUGGAAAAACUACGUUACCCCAUCACCAUGAAGCUACUCAUACGUCCAGUUACCCAUUGCGUACGUCAAGCAGAUCGCCAUCACCUCUACGAGCAGCGUCGUUAGAUAUUCGCUGUUCUUCACCAGGCACAGCGCACGCAUUGUCAGAAAUAAGAACACCUUCUCCUUCACAAUCUAGUCUAGCUUCAUUAACAGGAGGGUCUACGAGUUCUUGCAACUCUCCUGUACCGGCCUCACCAAGAACCGGCCUAGGGAGGUGUUUAUCACCACUCUUCAUACACCGAACGGUGACUGUGCCAGAUUCAUCGGCCGUACCACCUCCCGCUAGUCCUUUAGGGGCUAUUCAGCCAGAUUUGUACUUGAGAAAGGACGGGCCAUUGUUUAUCGGCUCACCCAAAUCAUCACCAAGUCUCGGAAGACUGCAUUUUCGACUGUCUUAUGAUUUUGAUAAAAGUGAUUUAGUAGUACAUCUCAUCGAAGCUCACGACUUAGCAAGUAGUGACCAAGGGGGAUUUAACGACCCCUACGUCCGCCUAACGCUUACACCGGAAGUGGAUUCAAGGAAGCGACAAACAAAUAUUUGCCGAAAUGAUCCGAAUCCGUUAUUCGAUCAACAUUUCAAAUUCCCCGUAUCACAUGAGGAUUUACAAUCGAAAACCCUUGUAUUACAAGUUUUUGAUUAUGAUAGAUUUUCUAGAAACGAUAUCAUUGGCGAAGUGUCAAUGGUUAUGAGCGAAUUUGACGUUGCAAACAGCGUGGAAAUAUGGGGUGAAAUAACGAGAAACAAGAAACCCAGAGAAGAUACACAAGAAAUUUUGGUAUCUUUAAGUUAUUUACCAUCUGCUGAACGAUUAACAGUCGUUCUGUUGAAAGCUCGAAAUCUGUUCGUAUCCCAAAGUAAAGGAAGUACAGAUCUUCAAACUUUCGUUAAAGUGUACCUGAUAGUUAACGGUAAACGAACUAAGAAGAAAAAGACAGCUACAAAAAAGGGUAGCUGUAAUCCUGUUUGGAACGAAGCUUUAACUUUCACACUAUCUGCCAAUAAUGUUAACAACGCCGCUAUCGAGUUAUCAGUAUUCGAUCAAGGUACCGAUAUAAUAGUGAACAAUUCAUUAAUCGGUACCUGUACAAUAGGCCCAAAAGAGAGUGGUCCUGAAAAGGAUCAUUGGAUAGAUAUGACGCAGAGUCCUAGAAAAGCCAUCGCGUGUUGGCACACAGUGAGGUAAAUUUUAUGCUCAAUCGAGAGGUAAAUAUCAACUUCAAGAUAUACAUUUUUUCUUUUUGAUGGGUUAGAAUGAACAACGUGAUAAUUGUAAUACCUUUUAUUAUUAUAUAAUAUACUUUUUACAAUUAUCAGUACAAUAUAUUUACUUAUUUAUUUAUGCAAAGAUACUCUUUAAAUCUGUUUAAUAAAGACAGUGACUAUAUUUAUCUCUACAAUCAAGAAAAUCUAUGGAUUAACAUCGUUUUAGGGUAUUUAAAAACAAAAAAAGGUUAUUGAUAAACAUAUUUUUGCUUAUUUACUUUUAAUAAUAUUCCAACGAAAUCAUAAAAGUUCUUUACUGUCAACUUUUGCCUUCUCCGGCUAAAAGAAUUGCCACAACCUAUUUAUAACAUGGAUGUAAGUACUUUUUAGUUAUCGAAGGUGUAACUUCAUUAUCAGAGUAGGAAACUUUCGAUUACUAAAGUAAUUAGGUUCUGACCGGAAAAAAUCGCAUUCUGAAAUUGGCUAGUUUCUAUUGUCCUAGUAGGGUUUGAAAUUUUCAAAGCAAGUUAUAUGAUAAAUGAAUUUUUUAGUGUGAUUUAAGGUUUGGUUACAUGUAACUUUAAAUUACAUCUUUUGCAUUUAUUUUAGAAAUAACUAUUAGAUAGUUGAAACAAAAAAACAUAAGUGUCGGGAAUAAAAUACUAUUCAAAGUGUUUAGGCGAAAAACACAUUUUUCAAGAGAACGAUUAAUUUUCAUUUAUAGUUACCAAAAAUUACAGAUAUGGGAUCAACAGUCUCCAACAAAUACCAACAUAAUAUAUUCAAAUUUAAUAAGACUAAACUCGAAUUCUCAUGCUUUGGAACUAAAGCAUGUCAAUAAUCAUUUUAUCGAUUUAAUGAAUAUCUUUGCAAGGCCGUUCAAGUAGGAACAUAUUUCUUUAUAAACAGGAGCAAUCCUAAACAUCGAAAAA